ACUAUAUAACGCGUUAUUGUGCAUAAAUCCUUGGGAAAUCAGCAUAAAAAGUGCCCAACACAAACAUUUUAAGAAAAGGUGAAAGAAAAUUUUGAAGAAUUAAACCAAACGCUUUUUGAAUAAAACAAAAUUUGGCCUUUAUUAGAGAAAAUUAUUUCUUAUUCUAAUGAGUGUCGCUGCAAUGACUAUGGACGAUCAGAGACCCUUGAUGAAUAAUUACGAUAAAAUGUCCACAAAAUAUGAACAAAAUUUGCAUAAUACCUCGUCGUCGGUUGGAGGCGUUGUUGGUGGUUUAGGUUCUUCAACAUCGGGCGGCGGUGGUGGUCUGUUAUCAGGUCCCGCCUCCCCCACCCCCUCAGUCAAUGAGGAACCAACAUCUUCACACCACACUGGAGGCCACCAUCUCCAUCACUCUAGUUAUUCGCAUCAUCAUCAUCACCAUCAUCAUCAUCCGCAUCACGUACAUCAUGCGGGCAAUCAGCAGCAGCAACAACAGUUAUCGGCCUCCUCAAGGCCCUCAUCGCCGCCGAUGUCGUCGGGCAUAUUACCACAAUCCUCAGCACUUCACCAGGAUGCAGUUGCUGCUGCUGCCAUCAUAGCCGCUGCUGAACAGCGCCAACGUCAACUCGAAGAUGAUAUCGAAAAUCUCAAACUGGAGCAAACACGACUCACUAUGCAAUACACAGAUGCCCAGAGGCGCGAGAAAAUACUCAUGCGCCGUUUGGCCAAUAAGGAACAAGAAUUUCAGGAUUACGUGAGCCAAAUUGCCGAAUAUAAAGCUGCUCAGGCACCCUCUGCUCUUGCUUUGAGAUCUGCUCUCCUGGAUCCUGCUGUUAAUUUACUAUUUCAGAAACUCAAAAAAGAACUUAAAGCCACCAAGGCUAAGUUGGAAGAGACACAAAAUGAAUUGUCUGCUUGGAAAUUUACUCCAGAUUCGAAUACUGGCAAACGUUUAAUGGCCAAAUGUCGCCUUUUAUAUCAGGAAAAUGAAGAGCUGGGCAAAAUGACCUCAAAUGGCCGUUUGGCCAAAUUGGAAACUGAGCUUUCUAUGCAAAAAAGUUUCAGCGAAGAAGUUAAAAAAUCACAAUCAGAACUUGACGAUUUUCUUCAGGAAUUAGACGAAGAUGUUGAAGGCAUGCAGAGUACAAUUUUAUUUUUGCAACAGGAAUUAAAAACCACUCGAGAUCGCAUACAAGUGUUGGAGAAGGAAAAUUUUCAAUUGAAGACAGGAGUAAGUCCAAAUCAAGAUGAUCCGGAUAUGAUUAAAAACGAACAGGAUAUGUGCUCAUCAGACGUAGUGCGCGAGGAUGAUGCAUCGACUGUUAUUAAUGGCAAUAUUUAUGGAAAUGAUGUACAAAUACAACAAAUGGCAGCGGCAGAACAGAUGUACAAACAAACGUUACCACCUACCUCGAAUAUGCCCAUGGCCAUGCCGCUCGAGACAAUUGAAGAAAAUGUUACUGUGCGACCCACAUCAUAUUACAAUGGCAACGAGGAUGCCACAAUGACCGAACUCAUACACGAGGGCAAUGGCGGAGGAGCGAUAGGGGCAAAAAUGAGGACAGUGGCUUCAAGAAAGCGCAACUAUGAAUGUGAUGCUCCUUUGGAAAGUAUACCGAUGGCAGCAGCUAUGACGACGACGACGGCACCCAUUACCAUGGUCUCUUCACCGCGUACAUUGCCACCCAAAAAAUCCAAACUUAGAGUAGUGCCUCCAACCCGCAGAUCCUCAAUUCAAUCAAUCGAUGAAAACGAAAUGCUGAUCAAUGCUUCGACAGUAACCAGCAGCAUUGUAGACAAUGCUAUGGAUGGCAUGGCCAAUGAAGAGUCGACGACGGCGUGCAUUGGUGGUGAUCCUCUGGCGAAUGAUGCGACGAUAAAUGCAAUGGAACAAGUUGGAGCAGGUAUGGCUCAACGCAUUAUGACACGACGAAGAUCGGUGCGAUUAAAUGGUGCAAGUAACGGCGGAGGAGGGGGUGAUAGCAAUCACUGAUUUGACUAAAACAAAUCGAAAAGCAUUCUCACACACCUACUUUUUGCCCCCCCUCUCUUUGUCUCUCAUCUGUCUUUGAUAUACACAAUCCUCACUUCAACUCCUCGUCCUCGUUCUCGUUCUGUCUGUCGUGUCGUCGCCCCUUCUUCACAAUGGCAACAAACAAUAAUAACUUCAUUAUUAUGAUUAUAAUAUUGUAUAUCAUUAACCAUAAAUUAAACUACAAAUCACAACAACAAAUUAUGCAAAUAUUGUUAAAAAUUAUAUAGAUUUAUGUUUUCUUUUUUUUUUAUAUCAAUUCGUUUGUUCUUAUUAUUAAGAAUAUAUUAUUUUACAAUUAUUUUCUGAAUUUUUCAAUUGCCCACAAAGCGUAACUAUAUGUCAUGAAAUAUUCUAAAAAUCGACUACUCAGGACUUUUGCCAUAUACGAUGAACAAACAAGUAAAGAACUUGUACAAAUGUAUAGAAAUUCUCUACUAAUCUUAUAAGGCAAAGGUCCCUUUAAAUAGUUUUUAUUUUAUUCCCUUGUCUACGGUUAGUGAAAUUUUCUAGCACUUCACAAUAUUGUCAUAGCCUAUUUGAUUAAAAUUUCCGUUUUGUUUUGCUACUCAUAUAAAGAUUAAUGUAACAUAUAUUCAGAUUUUAGCAGCUUGGCAUAUUUUUAAACAUUGAGUUUAGUUUUUUUUACUUUUAUUUCAAAAUUUUCAUUUGCACUUUUAAUCUAUAGUUGUUAGGCUUGAAUUGAUUUUAACAUGAUAAUAUAUACGACAAGAACUCUACUCUAUUGCAAAAAUAAGAAACAAAAAUCAAACAAUUUAUUUUAUUAAUUGUGAAAAGCUUUUUUUAAACACAUUUUUAAAAAACAAACUACAAUAACAACAAACAAAAGAAGCAACCAACAACAACAAAAGAUCAAUUUUAAAUUGAUUACAUUUUCUUUAGUUUAGUUAAUAAUUAAUUUUUAUAUAGGAAUUAUAUUUA